AUGACGGAAGAGUCCUUAGUCCGCGCCUUUUAUAGCGGGAAAAACUUUUUCAUAACCGGCGGAACCGGCUUUGUCGGUUUAUGUCUUAUCGAGAAAAUAUUAAGAUGCAUUCCUGAUGUCGGCAAAGUUUACUUAUUAAUGAGACCCAAGAAAGGAAAAGAAAUAUCUCAACGAUUAGAGGAGUUUCCUAAAAACCUGGUAUUUGAGAAGCUUCUAGAAACAAACACAACGGAUAUCUUCAAGAAGCUGGUCCCGAUCUCUGGAGAUGUCGGUGAGGCGAAUCUAGGCCUAAGUCCUCAAGACCGGCAGCUGUUGAUCGAGAAUGUCAAUGUGGUUAUACAUUCAGCGGCAACUUUAGAUUUUCAAGAGAAUUUGAGGCCCACUGUUAGAAUUAAUCUUCUUGGAACUAGGCAGGUUAUGGGGCUGUGUAAGGAGAUUAAGAAUUUGAAGGUGAUGAUACACGUUUCAUCGGCCUAUGUCAAUUCUUAUUUAACGGAAGCUCACGAGAAGGUGUACCCUGAGCCGGAGGAGGUUGAGAAAGUUAUAUCCCUUGUCGGUACAUUAAGUGAUGAAGCUUUAGACGAAAUUGAACCCAAGAUAUUGAAAGAUCAUCCGAACACCUACACGUUCACAAAGCAUCUGGCUGAGCACGAGGUGGUGAAGUGUGCUGAGCUAUUCCCUUGCACCAUAGUCCGGCCAACGAUGAUCGUCGCCUCGUGGAAGGAGCCGGUGCCGGGCUGGACGUGCUCCAAGGUGGGACCUCAAGGAUUCCUGAUGGGAGCUUCGAAAGGUGUCGUGCGAAGGUUGCCGCUGGCGAAAGAGAACAUCGCCGACUACAUCCCGGUGGACGUGGUCGUGAACCAGUUGCUGGUCGCCGGAUGGCACGCCGCCAGCGCACGAUCCGGCCUUACGGUGUAUCACUGUUCGUCAUCAACUCAGAAGCCGUUUAAGUGGUCGAUGAUAGAGUCUUCGAUCAAUGGAAUGCUGCAUAAGUAUCCACUGAAAAGCGCCGUCUGGUACCCUCAUUUAAAAUUCGUCCCCUCCCUGUGGCUGUUUCGUCUGUCGGCCAUAUUUGUCCAUUUCUUCCCGGCGCUCCUCCUCGACAUGAUGCUGAGGGUGACCGGAGGCAGGCCCAUAUUAAUACGCUUACACAAAAACGUGUGGAAUUCCUUGAAUCGCUUAGAAAAGUUUAUAUUUAGCGAGUGGAAGUUCCACAACACGAACACUCAGCAGCUCGCCAAGGAAUUGAACAAGACGGACGCGCAAACAUUCUUUAUAGACAUAUCGAAGUUAUAUUGGGAAGAAUACUUUAUGAAUCUCCACCUCGGCGUGAGAAGGUAUCUGAACAACGAAAAGGAGGGUAAUCUGAAAGCCGCCAGGAACAAGGAUACUAUAUUAAUGAUAUUCCAUAUUCUGUGGCAGAUUUCGGUUCUGACUUUAGUUUGGUAUUUGUUUUCGUGCGUGUCAGGACUCACGAUGUUAGGAUCGAUCUGGAUCGCUCCCAUUAUCUAUUUUCUGUACAGUUGCUUGUGAAUUAUUUUUAGGCUACAUUAAUAAAAGUUGAAUGUUUGGAAUCGUAUCGUUUGAGAACCUAUUUUUUUACGUGGUAAAUAAAUGAAAGGCAAUUUGGUUUGAGCGUCAGUUUUGCAAUUUUAUAGAAUAAGCAUUUAAUGUUAAAAAAUUUGGAAAAAAUUUCAUAAUCAAAAAAACCUUCUUCAGCUAUUUGAAUGGGGUAAACUUAAUUGGAGUUUAAAAACAUCGAACUG